AACGCAGUUUUCAGACUGGUGAUUAACAUAACCGAAUUGACUUGUUCCCACUGGUAGAGAAUGGUCGUGCUUGAACAGCUCUCCAACAGCACUAUGGAAACCACCAUAUGCUUGUUGAAGCUGAAACUGCCACCCUUCGGUCUGGAUACUCAGGCCUUGGUUUACUCAUUUGCACGCGUCACCACAAGUUCUUCACACCUUUUGGCAAUUCAUGAAAACAGUCGCUAAUAUGCUGUAGUUGGGGUUCUCAUAAUGCUGGUAUGUGGCUUCACUGAGCUUCAAAGUAGGAACUUGGGCACAUACGCUACUUAUAAACACUUAAUUGGCAUUAGUUUAAGUCAAACAGGGAAAUAAGUAGGGCAGAAGGCUCCAUUAAAAUCUAUUUCGGACGAGAAAAUUACUACUUCCUGUUUUUUGUUUAUUUUUUUUCCCCCCAGAUGAGCGGUGUGUUCAAUUGCUCCCGUUAUUUUCCAAGUCACUCUGUAAACCUUGGUAUUCGAUUCCUGACGUUGUUCCGUUGUAAUAAGACACGGGAACGUGACACCGGGAGCUACGCAUGCCACGGAGCGUCAACAAUUUAACGUAGUUCGCUGACGUUUGCGUCAGUCGACGCUUAAGACGACGUCAAGAUUCCCAGCGCGGAAAUGGGCGGAGCCACCCAUGUUCCUUUACGCACCACGACUUGUGUCUUACUGUCAGUAGUAGUUAGUUGGUCCCAACAAGCUGGUGACUGCGCUCACUCUUAACAGCUUUGGCUUAUUAGUCAGCUUACUCGUGGCGGCUUUUGAAAACGGGACAAUUUGAGCCGCUCGUGCGCUCGACGAUGGCAACCGGAGAGCACAGCCCGCUGUCGGCAAACAAGUCGGACCACCUUUAUACUGCCAUGCUAGUUUAUUUUAAGCGCUGCUAACUACUCCGGUUGUCACACUAAGCCUUUGUAAGCUGCAAGGACGUUUGUCGAGUUUUGUGUUUUCAGUUCGAACUAUGGCGACGCGCACCGACGUGCUUCUUGUCACCGCAAACGUCGGCUCGCUCUUCGACAAUGUGGGUGAAAUUCAAAAUGAAUGGCUACAGGAGUUAUACAAGACCAUCCGCACUUGCCAGCCUCAGUUCAUCGCUCUGCACUUUCAGGAGGUGGGAGGGAAAGAGUACAUGGUCAACAUGGGGCAAGCAGAAGAAUUCUUUUGGAACAUUGAGUCCAGUGAUGAACUAAAAGAUUUCGACAGGCGCUGCAUCUAUGUGGACAACCAGUUUCAAGCAGAGGAGCGUUUCACGGCAUUGGGCAGCAUGUACUUCAUCCACAAGUCGUUGAAGAACAUCCGCCAGUAUGACUUCAGUGUUAAGGAUUUUAAAGCAGUGCCGGGACUGGACAAGUUUGUGGGCUCUCUGGAUGGCGUCACCACCAUGGAAAAAGAAAAAUUCCCAAAGAAUUUCUGGCCUGACUUCAAGUGGUCCAGGAAGGGCUUCAUGAGGACCCGCUGGAUCAUCCACGACCGAGGACUGGACCUGGUCAACGUCCACCUGUUCCACGAUGCCUCCAACCUCAUUGCCUGCAAGACCAGUCCUUCUGUUUACUCUGCCAACCGCAAAAAUGCACUGCGGCACGUCAUCAACAGGAUAUCAGACAACUGCCACAAUACGACGCCUUUCUUCCUGUUUGGAGACUUUAACUUCCGUUUGGACACGCUGAGUCUGGUCCAGCAUCUGUCUACCUCAGCUGAAGUUCAGACCGUGAAGAAGGACAGCAGUAACGAAGUGCAGAAAAUCAUCUGCGAGGAGAAAGCUGACCGCCAGGUGAUUCUGCUGAUUGAGGACAAGCUCUUCGCCUACCUGCAUCAGGCCGUGUUCAGAGACGACAACGGCAAAGCGCUGCUAAAAUAUGACAAAGAAGUCACAGCCUUUCACGAUGUUGUUAGAGAAGAGGAAAUCACGUUUCCGCCCAGCUACCCUUACAGUGAAGAGUACACUAAACCCACCCAGUACAUGAACACGCGCUGUCCCGCAUGGUGCGAUCGCAUUCUGAUGUCGCACGCCGCACAACAAUUCAUCCACAGCGGCGCCGAUGGUGAGAAGAGCGUUAUUUACGACACGGUGGGCCCGAAUGUUUGUAUGGGAGAUCACAAGCCUGUUUUCUUAUUCUUCCCACUGAAGACAAAUGUACAUUGACUCGGGAUCUUCUCAGUGGCAAACCAGUGCAGCAACAUGCUCCUCAGAAAACUGGCACAGCACCUGUGGGAUAAAAAAACAAGUAGGAGUCGAUUGCAGGUCAAAUGACAGACGGUCGAUCCUGACAGAAGUUCUUUCAAGUUCAACACCUUCAUGUGACCUUUUUACAUAUAUAUAUAUAUAUAUAUAUAUAUAUAUAUAUAUAUAUAUAUAUUUUUUUUUUUUUUUUAGCAUAAGCGAUUAUCUACAGACUCUCUCCAGUUGAACUUCACCAAUGAAUCUCUAAACAUAUUGUUUUUAUUAUUAUUAUAGUCGGGCAACUUUGUUACCGUGUGUUCAGAACUUAUUUAAUGAGCCAUAGAAUGUUUAACUGUACAUGUUCUUUUCUUUCAACUGUAACGUGUGCUUUUCUUUUGUAUUUUUCUAUUUGUAGGUAUUUACUGUUACAUUGUUUUUUUUUUAAAUUCUCUUAGUUGUGGCUGCCACAAAUAAUUGUAUACAGCUGUUACAUGUACUGUAUGUUUGAGCGGCGGAGUGUGGGGGCGACACUGUACGAUUCACUAAAAGGCAUGUAACAAGUAUUAUUUUCAAAUAUUUGCAGUUUUGCCCGUUUCAAGUGCUCGAAAUUGUCAGACAGCUGACAAAUGUUGAAACAUGAAACUGCUGUUAGAAAACUAUUGCAUUUCUAAUAACAACAUCAUUUCUUUUAAAACGAUCAAGAAUACCAGUCAUGGUAACUACACAUGAAUAUAUGUAUGAGUUUGUCUUUUAUCUCUGCUGAAAAUGGGUCCUGAAAGUACUUAAAAUAAUGGAGUUUAAAAAACUAAUACAAUGAACCCUGUAUACAAAGUGCUUUAUUCCCUUUAACACUCAGCAUCUCGCUGUUUUUAAUGUAUCCUUUUAAACUUGUUUGGUUUCAUGUUGUCGCUGGGCACAAAGUCUAUAUAGCUGUAUCCAAAUUCAGGGGCUGCACCUUGCAAAGACCCAACCCACAGCGUUUGUGGGCCUGACGCCUUCAGACGCAACCCCCCCCCCCCCCCCCCCCCCCCCCGAAGCUUUUUACAAAUAAAUUUACCACUGUAAAUUUGGGACUUCCAUUGUAAUAACGUUAAAAAGUGAAAUGUGGCCCGUGACUCCAAUAUUGAAACAGUUUUCAGGGCUGAGCAGGGGCGUACAAAGAGUUUUGCAAGACGGGUGGCCGCGAGUAGUCUGCUGCAGCCCCUCAAAAGGGGCGCAACUCCAGUCAGUUUUUUUGUUUUUGUUUGCUAUGGUGCACCUUCCUUAUUUUGUUGCCAAAAACAUCCUGUCCUGUAUCUCACUUUGAUGUUCUACAUGGCUUCACUAAAACUUCACUCACAUGUCGUACAAUAUAUUGCGCACUGGUGGUUUUCUUCAUUGUUGGACUCGAGUAAAUGUGAUAUACUGUAAUAUAUAUUUUUAAUUUCAUUUAGUUUUUUUUUCUGUGACUACUAAUACAGAUUAAAGUUUUUUUUUUUUUUUUUUGGUGACAAUCCCACUGCUGCAAUCAAUAUAUGUUCAGCCAAGAAUCUUUGUGUGUGUGUACAUUGUCACAUUCUGAUGUAUUGAAUAACAGUAUGCGCAUGUGACUGAAGACUUGCCAUGAUGGAUACAAAUAAAAAGGCAGCUGGAAAGAAAUGUGAUAUUUCUGGUUGGCACAAGAGUGUA